AUGACGUUGUCAUGGUUACAGACAUAUGUUGGCCCCACAGAGAGUGGAGAUCACCCCCAACGGAGGACAAUCUACUCAACGAAAGACAACAUUUGUUGCGGCGACCAAGUACGGAACAAAUAUGGCGACACAUGGAAUAAAUCGGAUGCGGAGAAGGUUGAACACGAGUGCUGUGGAGGAAAACUAGUCCCAGCUGACGACUACAUUUGCUGUUUUGGGAACGCUUUGCGCCUAAGUGAAAAACAGAAAAUAGACAAAGACAACCUUCUUUGCUGUAGCGAAACAGUUGUUGUCAACAUCUGGGAAAAGAUUUGCUGUGGUGGUGUUGGUUUCUUUAUAAGCGAGGGACGCUCGUGCUGCAACGGAGAACCAUAUUUGGAUUCUGAAAAGAAAUGUGAACUCAUUGAUGAUAAGGAAACUCUCAUCUUGACAUCACAAGGGGUUUGCAGGUCUCAGAUCUACAGCUACAGGGAGAAGAGUUGUUGCCAUGGAAAACUGAACAAUUUUCCAACCGUCAGUUCUGAGCCGUACGACUUUGCUUGCUGUGACUUAAAGGCUUACAACAGGAAGGAGAAGUACUGUUGCCCUGCAAAUCACACCAUACCCAAGAAUGAGGAGUUGUUCUGCUGUGGAAAUGGUGCUUAUUUCAGCAUCAUCAACAAAAAUAUGUCGUGCUGCAACGGAAGACCGUUGAUUGAGGGAGAAGAGUUGUGCUGUAAAAACAACACUCCUUGUCCCAAAGGAAAGCCAGAUGAUGACGAUUGCUGUAUCUCUGAUGGGAAAAUGUCGACAUUUUGCACUUCCGAGAAUGAGAUUUGCACCGUGCGAGGCGUUGUUAAAGUAGAAAAAGGCAAACUGUUGUGUGGGGACACAGUGUACGACCCAAACGAAGAAAUCUGCUGCGCCACCCGGCUGGCUAAAAGAGCGGAUGGUUUCAACGAAUGCUGUGGUUUCUACACUCCGUACAACUCAGACAAGCAGAUCUAUAGUUAG